AUGCAUUUCUUCAAGGUCAUCCUCGCCCUCGCACUUGCAGCCGUACCUAUCACUGCUAUACCCGUUGAUGAAAACGGCAUUGUCUCCGAGGGCCAAUACCUUGAAGCCCGCACGGAUACACAUGUUACAUGCAAACCCAAGCACAACCCAGCCAAUAAGUCUUUCAAGGUUAGCAUGAACUACGCGAGAGCCCAAGCCAAAGCCGCCGGCUUCCCUCCCACUGGUCACCAUACCGGAAGUGGAGACCCGCACCGCUACGGCAACGGGGAUAAGAUCGAAUGGGGCGUCAAAGGAUGCAAUAAGAAGAAUGCUGAGUUAUGGGAGUACCCUAUCUAUUGGGAGGGCAUGGAAGAGAAGGGGAAGACAAAAGAGUGGAAAAAGGACCACAGCAGCAACGGCCAGACAAAGACCCCACUCCGCGUAGUUUAUAUUAAAGACAAAGGCACGCAUGAUGAGAGGGCCAAGGUUUGCGGCGUGAUGACGCACUCCAAAAUCGUUACAGUAGGCGAUGGCUUCAGGGGAGAAAACUUCUUCCAGAAGUGCAAGUAGCCUACUGGAUAUCUAAUUCUGUCAUCAUGAUCGCCCUUGUGGCGUUGUAUAAUUAGG